GUUGCGAUGUGAAAGGAGUUAUUGUGGUGUUGGUUUUGUGCUAGUAAAAUGUUAAGUGCUAUUGAUUUUCUUGUGAAAUACAAUGGAUGAUUGACAAGAAUAAUACUUCUGUAGGUGUUGGCCAGUAUGUGGACACCGACCAAAACAAAGAAAUAUGGCGUUGCCUUGUACAACUGGCGGGGAGAGAUUCGGUACGGCCUACCCUUGGAGAUCGGGGACACAGUACAGAUCCUGGAGGAGUGCGCGGGAUGGUUUCGAGGUUUCUCUACAAAAAACCGUUCAAUCAAGGGCAUAUUUCCAGCGUCGUACAUAUACUUGAAGCCCUGCAAGAUUGAUAAUGAAGGGUUGUUUGAGUCAGUGAUUCCCAUCGAGGAUUCAGUUGUUCGAGAGGUGACAUUAGUUCUUCGAGAAUGGGGCAACAUCUGGAAGAGGUUGUUUGUGGAUCGGGAGACCUACAAAUUCUGUACAUUACGUAAAGUCAUGCGUGAACUACUGGACUGGAGGCGCCAGCUCCUGACUGGGACGCUAACCCAGGACCAAAUGCGGGAGCUAAAACUGAAGAUCACUUCUAAGAUAGACUGGGGUAACAGAAAACUUGGUUUGGACCUAGUACCCCGAAUUGGUGCCCAUAUGGUUGAUCCAGAUACCAUGAGUGUAGUUGAAUUGUACCAUGUGCAUGUUCAGAGCACUGAAAAUUCACAAGGGGCCUCAGCACGAGGCACAAUGAAACGUAAGGAAGCACAAAAAAUUCUCACACACCAUCUCUAUUUCUGCAUGCGAGACUUUGGGCACCAUAUUGGAGAAGACACAGAGAUCUACUUUUCUUUGUAUGAUAGUAAGAAAGCCAAAUAUAUAAGUGAACGUUUUCUAGUCAGAAUAUCCAAGGAAGGCUUCUCCAACUACAUCGAGAAGCUGCACAGCAACUGUACUAUUUUUACAGAUCUGGGUAAUGCAGAUCUCACUUGUGAUAUGUGGCUGGUGGCUCAUGUGAUGAGGAUGGGCCGCAUGCUGUAUUCUGAUUCAUCUAAGAAGUCAAGUUCAACCAGUCACUCAGUUCCAUUGCAUCAGCUAUUCAAACGACCACAUGGCUGUGCAGUACUCAACAUUAACGAGGUUCUUUCAAACAAAGACUCACCUCAAGGAGGCUCCAAUCAUGAGCGCGAGUUCACAUUCAAAGUUUAUCAAGGAGAGGAGAAAGACUUUCAUCAGCUUCAUGAGCUGAUCAUCAAAAAACAGAGCAACAAAUACAAUCCCCUCUCAGGGCAGCCAAAUUAUGGUAUAGGUAUCUCGCUCAAGAUGCUUCAUGGAGAAUUACCACAGGUCCGAGAGGAGAAUCCUUUGCUAUUUAAGAACAUUUCUCUAACAAAGAAGCUGGGAUUCUCUGAUGUCAUUAUGCCUGGGGAUGUAAGAAAUGAUCUGUACCUGACUUUGGAGAAAGGAGAGUUUGAACGUGGUGGAAAAUCAACUGGGAAGAACAUAGAAGUGACAAUCCUAGUGCUAGAUUCAGAAGGAAAAGUGCUGGAGAACUGUCUAUGGGGAGCUUCAGGCAUGGAUGGGGCAAAUGAAUACCAAUCAAUGAUUGUGUAUCAUCACAACUCACCUUGGUGGUCAGAAACAAUCAGACUGGCUGUUCCUAUAGACAAAUUCUAUGGUUCUCACAUUCGUCUGGAGUACAGGCAUUGCUCAACUCGUGAUAAAACAGACAACAAGAAGCUGUUUGGCUUCUCAUUUGCUCGACUAAUGGAGGCAGGAGGAGCGACACUAAGGGAUGGAAUCCAUGAGCUGUACAUUUACAAGUGUGAGGACAGAGUGAGGCUGGAAUCUAGUUCCUACCUCCAACUGCCAAGCAGUGCGAGGGACACCAGUGUUCACAUCUCUUCCACAUCGAGCUCUAUUGGAGCAUUUAGUCGGAGUUCAAAGGAGGCUGUCUAUGUACACACACUUCUGUGUUCAACAAAACUUACACAGAAUGUCGAUUUGCUAUCGUUACUGCAGUGGAAAGAGCAUCCAGAAAUGAUCCAGGAAGCACUGAAUCGAGUUCUGCGGCUUAAUGGGGAGGAGUUAGUAAAGUUUCUGCAGGAUGUGCUUGAUGCUCUGUUUUCUAUGUUCUCUACCGAAGAUGGCAACUCAACGACUCACUCAGGACUGGUCUUCCAUGUAUUAGUCAGUAUCUUCAGUCUCCUGGAAGACAGCAAGUUUGAGCAUUUCAAGCCUGUCAUGGAUGCCUACAUCAAAGGCCACUUUGCUGCUGCUCUGGUGUAUAAGGGGCUGCUGAGCAGUGUGCAGCAUUGUGCUGACUGGGUUAGCUCCACAGACAAGCAGGAGCCAAUCCAGAAGUGCUUCCGCUCUUUGGAGUAUAUCUUUAAGUUCAUCAUCCAGUCUCGGCUCCUGUUUUCUCGAGCAACAGGUGGCCAGUAUGAAGACAGCUUCAAGAAGGACCUCUACAGUGUAUUUACAGCACUAAACAAAAUGCUGGCCAUGUCUAGCGAUGUUAUAUUGCCAACACAGGUUGCCUUGUUGCACAGCAUAAGUGCCGUGUAUGAGCAGCUGACUGAUGUGUUACCAGUCUUGAAGAUUACUAAAUUGGCAACAGCCAUGCUUGAAAGUUUACCAAGAGAAUUGCCACCCCAGUUGACACAGGCAAAACUGACGGCCAUCCGCAAUAUGGUCACAAGUAAACUCUUCACUGAUGAUGAGUCUCGUAAUCUACUGCUCUCAACGAGCUGUAAACAUCUACGUGUCCAUUUGGCUCACCGCGAUGAGUUGCGUCUCUGCACAGAGAUACUGGGUGAGAUACUGAGCUUCCUAUUCAAGCAACGUCAAGCACAGGAGCAGGGGAAGGUGAACAACUGCCUGCACCAUGAUGUGGAAGUUUUGUGUCUCACAACACUGGACAUGCUCAUACAGACAGUUCUCAUUAUUAUAGACCGCUCAGCUCCUGUUCUGGGCUGUUUAGUGGCCUGUUUGAUUGGACUGCUCCAACUGGUAGAUGAGUUCCACUAUAAACGUUUAUGGGAGGAGCUUGCAGAUCGCAAACCCAAGAAAGACUUCCUCCUGCGGGUCUUCUUGGUGUUUCGAGAUCUGGUGAAACAAGAGGUGUUCUCUCCAGAUUGGCUUGUCAUAAAAAUGGUUGCUAACAAUGUCAUGUUGAAUGCUCUGCAAGAAUUGGCACAGCCUCUAGUCUUUAACUUUCUGGACUCACGUUGUCACUUUGAUAAGCAGCUAUGGGGCAACUACUUCAACCUGGCUGUGGCCUUCCUAACGCAGCCAUCCCUGCAGCUGGAGAAAUUCAGCGAGGUGAAACGAGAGAAGAUCAUUGAAAAGUAUGGUGAUAUGAGGGUCCUGAUGGGAUUUCAGAUCCUUUCCAUGUGGUCCAACCUUGGUGAACACAAGAUAAACUUCAUCCCAUCAAUGGUGGGUCCAUUUCUGGAAGUUACCCUGGUUCCAGAGUCUGAGCUUCGUAAGGCCACACUCCACAUAUUUUUUGACAUGAUGGAAUGUGAGCAGAAGUACCAUGGAAAUUUCAAACAAGUUGAAUCUGAGUUGAUAGACAAGUUGGAUAUCUUGAUCAGUGAAAACAAAGGAGAUGAUGAGUACAGACAGCUUUUCAAUACCAUGGAACAUUUAAGCGCAGUGCUGUUGGAUCGUGUACAGUCAGAAGAUCCAGCCUGGAAGGAAAGUGGGGCAGCCUUCAUCAGCUCUGUCACAAGACUAUUGGAGAGACUGCUGGACUACCGCAGUGUUAUACAGGGUGAUGAGAACAGGGACAAACGCAUGUCCUGCACUGUAAACUUGCUGAACUUUUACAAAAAUGAAAUAAACCGCAAGGAGAUGUAUCUGCGUUACAUCUAUAAGUUACAUGACCUUCAUCUCCCAGCUGAGAAUUACACAGAGGCAGGGUUCACCAUGAAACUAUAUGCUGACCAGUUGAGCUGGACAGCCCGUACUUUGGUGUCAGACCCACACUAUCCUGGACAGCAGGAGUGGCAGAGAAAGGAGCAGCUUUAUCAUCAAAUCAUCAAGUACUUUGACAGUGGCAAGUGCUGGGAGAAAGGUAUCCCACUUUGCAAGGAGCUUGCAGAGCUGUAUGAACGCCGCCUUUUUGAUUAUGCCAAGUUAAGCCAGAUACUACGGACACAGGCUAAGUUCUUCGAUAACAUUCUGACUCAGCUGAGGCCUGAACCAGAGUACUUCAGAGUUGGAUUUUAUGGACUGAGCUUCCCGCUUUUUGUCAGGAAUAAGCUGUUUGUGUACCGUGGCCUGGAAUAUGAGCGAAUUGGUGCGUUCACACAGCGACUACAGACAGAGUUCCCAUCGGCGCAGAUCCUUAUGAAGAACACCCCACCAGAUGAUACCAUCAUUAAUUCAGAGGGGCAGUAUAUUCAGAUCUGCAAUGUGAAACCAAUACCAGAGGAUAAUCCACUGUUUAUUGAAGCUGGCACAGAUAUUCCAGAAAAGAUAGCAAGCUUCUACCAGGUGAAUGAUGUCCGAAGGUUCCAGCUUGACCGUCCUGUUCACAAAGGACCUGUUGAUAAAGACAAUGAGUUCAAAAGCCUGUGGAUAGAACGUACAGUACUGGUGACUUCUAGCUCCUUACCAGGAAUAUUGCGAUGGUUUGAAGUGGUAGAAAAGAGUGAAAAGGAAGUGGCACCUGUGCAGUUUGCGUGUGAGACAAUGGAGAGUGUGAACAAGGAACUGCGGCAGCUUAUCAACCAGUACACACUGGACAGGAAAAGAAAUAUUAAUCCAUUCAGCAUGAGAUUGCAGGGUAUAAUCGAUGCAAACGUGAUGGGUGGCAUCUCCAAGUACCAGCAAGCAUUCUUCACACCUGAGUUCAGCAAGCAGUUCCCAGAGUUUGAAGAUCAUGUCUAUAGGCUCAAAGCUCUCACAGUGGAUCAGAUCCAAGUCCUGGAGAGUGGGUUGCAUCUUCAUGGACAGUUAGCACCAUCUGGAGUGCAGCCACUUCAUCGCCGUUUGCAGGAACGCUUUGCUCAAUUGAAACAGGGUCUACGGGAUCUGGGUCCAGUGACCAGUAGAAGUCGGGGAAAGUCCCAGUCUGACAGUUCCCAAACUAUAAGCAUUGUGAACACACCAUUGCCUCCCCUGCCUACAGAGAAAAAACAGUUGACAGUAUGCAGCAGUGAGACCCCCAGUAACAGAUCAUCAGCAUCUAGUAGCAGUGCAUAUGGACAUCUGCUCAGCACAGAAGAGCAGGGUACAGAUGAAGAAGACAUCUACAGCAAACCAAUGGAGCUACUGGAACGGAUGAAUGGCAACAUGCAUUACCCCAGUAGUCACAGAGAGUCCCUUACUCUGCCCCCUCCUCCGCCAAUUCCGCAGAGAGAGUCUAGACCACGAUCUGCAGGCUACACGAUGACUGCUAACUCUGACACACUGGCCAGGACACCAACACGAGGAGGAAAUGACUACUCCUCCCUGCCUGUCAUGCGAUCAUCACGCGAGUGUCUCGAUUCUGACAGUAGCCCAGUUCCUAGGCCACCCAAACUCACACAUCAGCGUUCCCACAGCAAACCAUUCUCUUUCACUCCAUCUGCAGCAGUCAACACAGGGAGUCCACCAGAUGCACCACAGUUACGAAACUCUUGGUCUGAGUCCAGUGUGGAAGAGGCUCCACCACUUCCCCCCAGAGGACAAACACCUGAUAAGCGCAACACCAGCCUGUUCAUUGAUACUGGCCAAACACCACCAGCACCUCCUAAACGACUGGUGAAGAAGGGAUCAUCAGGAGUUCUCAACAUUGACUCUGUGAUUGACAUCAGCCUGGAGUCCUCCACAUCAGAAGUUCCUGAGUCAAACAGUGAUGGUCAUGACCUUCGGGAUUCAGGCUACUCAGAGUUCUCUCAAACACCAAGCAGCAGUAUCAGCAACAAUUUCAAUAACCUGUCAUAUGAAGACUUUGAUCUCCCCACACAUCGGCGGGUGGCAAGUGGAGACCAUGCCAACAUCAUGAACAUCUCCCCACCAACCAUCUCUCCUCGCACUCAGUCAUUCCCAGCCCCUCCUCCAAUACCACCCAAAGCUGUAUUCAAUCCUCCUUCUACAUUUCCUUCGGCACUGAUGACACCCAAUUCCCCUCCAGAUUGCAAUGUAAAGACUCCAAAUGGAACUGUAGAACAGAUACAGCAUCCUUCAUUCAUUACUGUGGAGAAUAGUUUUGGAGUCUCAGUGCAUUGUGGCAUUACUGGCAGUGUUGUGGAGAACUAUUCAGUUCCAAGACUUCAGGCACAGAAUUCAGAUACUGGAGACAGUCCUUCGUGAGCACAGGGUUUGAGGAUGUGAGCAAGUUUGUGGAGUUCCCCUACCUCUGCUGCUCCAGGCCUCUGUCUGUUGGCUUGAGUCUGCUUCUGCAAGGCAAAUAGUAUUCAUGCAUGGUAUUUGAAUCUUGUGUAAUGAUAGCAGUCUGAUCUGCAGAGCUUGUCAUGAAAUUAAGACUUCAGUAGUUUAAGUGGCAGAUGCAGAAGGAAGGCAUGAUUAGCGAACGUAAGGUUUAUUGGAAGGGCACACAUCUUCACAGUGAGCUUAAUCAGCAGGAGGUAAAUGGUAUGCUGAGUUACUUAAUUUGGGUAUGUUUCUCUACAUGGCAUCACAUAAUAUGCUUCAGGUCCAAAUGAUGCUGACAGAGCAACUGAGGUUUCCUACUCUCAAAAGUAGCCGGUUUUGUCAUUGUGAUAUUUCAUUCAUGUAAAAUGACCACGUUAUGAGCUCUUACACUAUGAAAGAAAGUUAAUUCCUUUUUUCUCCUUCAGAAAUAAAGUAAAUGUGCUCAAGAUGUAGGAUGUAUUUCAAAGUUAUGAGCUAUUUUUUGGUUACAGCCAGAAAAGAAAGCUCUUUACUUCAGAAUGAUAUGUGUAACUUAAUGAGACGUGAUGGACAGAUUUGUUCAUAAACCAAAUAUAAACCCUGCUUUGACAUGUAAAAUGACAUGGUAAUUACAAACUACAUAUCCUGUUUAGAACAGUUUACAUACACUGAUCUGUCUAAAGUAAAUUCAUAUUUUAUGUUACAGUACUAACAUUUAUCUAGAUUAAAAAGGUUUAAGAUUUUAACCAUUGCUCUGGUUCAGAAAUAGCUUGAAUGUCUGUAGGAUGAAGAUAUUGGUAGAAUUAUCUUCAUGUUUCCUUUUGAUGGUAAGCAACAAGCUUAGGCUGGUUUUGUUGGGCAGAGGACUCAUCAGACAUGGUGUUCUGUGGACAUGGGGACUAGAAAUGUUUUGGUUUUGGAGAGACUGUGUUGGAUUCCACUCUAUAAACUGGCCACAACAUGAAGCUGACAGCUGACCUCCAUGUAUUGCUGAGGUUAAAACAGUGUGGAGCUUUCUUUCCUUUUCUCAUGCAACUUCAUGACAUGGUGCUCAGUUAAGCUCAGUGACAACUUUACGUAUUUAUAAGCGUGUACAUGUCAUGAAUUUUUUAGACUGAUUCAUCAAGGAAAAUAUUUCUUGAACUUGGAUUGAAUGUUAAUUUUUAAUUGUUGAACAUCGAUGAUUUUCUGAUAACUACUUUUGCUUUGCACACUGGUGCAAGUCAGAGGGGACUAAUAUUGUAUUUGCCCGAAUGGAGGAUGAAUUUCCCCCUUAAGGAUUACAAAACUACAGGUAUUCAUCAGUUUGAAUGCUACACAUAUUUUAGAUAAUUUUAAUCCAUAUUAAUUUUUUUAGCAUUUUCAUGGCGCAGUUCACAGUAUCGUGCCAUGAGAUGAGCAAGGAAUAAAGAGACAAAUUUCAGAGACAGAAGCUGCUACAGGGUUGCCCAAAUUACCACCAGUGUUAUGAUACAAAAAUGCAAAUUCACUGGUUUAUGAUAUUUGAAGAUUCUGUUCUGAUGUGACUGUCCCUCGAUGUAAAAUUGGCAGCUCAUGUGAAGAGAAGACAUGCUAGUGUGGAAGGGAAGAAUGAAUCAUAUAUCAGGCAUUUCAGUUAUGGUUUACACUUUAAGACUGUGGUGAUUAAAUAUGCAGUGUCUCAUGACACAAACAUCCAACGGUGGAAAGAACAAAAACCAGAAGUUAUGCCAGUUCUGUGCAAAAAUUGUCAUUUAUAUGGAGACAGAGACAUAACAGAAUGUCAGUGUCAUCCAGCAUCAUUACUCAGUGAGAGGCACACCUACCUAUGGGGCUAUUAACCUGUGUCAAACUAAGGGAUGGAUGACUGAAUGUUCCCUGGUAUGAGGUUGACAUACUUUCAGAAUCAUCAUCCAUUCAGGUAAAUUUGAUAAUGCAUGCACUAUGCAAAGUCAAUUGUGUUUUAAAUUAUUUCACCGAAAAUGCCCUACAAGCGUUACAUAGUGUAUUGCUGUGUAGCAAUGAUCUUUGUAUGAGAAAUAUCAAAAUGAUAUAUAUGGCUCAUUAAAGAACACUUAAAGCAAUUAACAGGGGAAAACUUUGAAAACAACAAAUAAAUUAGAGAAAUUCACAUUGCAAUCUUCUGGGUUAUGACAUUUGUUGUAGUGAGGAAGAUGGGUGCCAACAUUUAAAUCUUCACUCCUGUGAAAAUCUGAGUGUCUUCUAUAAAGAAUAAUGCAUUCCAUGCCCAUUUCAAAUUGUUAGAAAUGAAAAGUUUUCAGUAGUUAGAUAUUAAAUUAUGAUGACUGUUAUCCAAAAUGCAGCCAUAUUAUCAGAAAAUAUGGAAAUGAAAUAUUUAUUUUAAUGACCAAUCAAAAGUAAUGUGAAGGAUUCCUUGAUAUAACUCUGUUUACAUCAUUUAGACUACUAUGAUUAGCAGGUAAUGCAAACUAAACUUACUUUCUAGACUCAGAUCUUCAAUACAAAGUUUUUUCUAAGUCUGUUCACAAGCAGCAUGACGUUUCUCUUCAGUAUGAAAUGUGACAGCAAAGUUGGGGGGUUUGACUUUGUCUUAUUCUGUCCUGUUUCUUGACCACAUGUUGAUGAAAGCUUUAUGAGUAUGCUCCACACACAUACACAAUGGCAUAAAUGUUUCAUGGACACUAAAGCUGUCAGUUGUUGUGUCUCUUGGUUGAAUAUCUCCUGCCUUUAGAACAGCAUAUGUCUAUCAUCUUAAUGCUUACAAAAUGACUGGCAAUUUGCAGUAAGAAAUGCGGUUCCAGAGUCCAUAACAUGGAGUAAUUAUAAUCAUAGAAGCCCAGAAUCCCGAUUCAUUCAUGGGACCCCUUAAGUUCUAGCAGAUGGCUUCUACAGAAACAUACACAGUGAAAUUUGAUGUUGACAGCACUAGUUGAAUUGACCUAAAUAUCUUGUGCUGUCUUAUAAAUUCUUAAAAAUAGUAACAUAAAUUGAGAGGUGGCCACUUCCAGAUGUCUUGGUAACCUCUAGAGAAAGUAAAGCAUAUUGCCAAGAUGUAAUUCACUGAUCAGAAAGUGCAUGUAAGUUGUGUAGCUGUGGGUAAGUUGGUAUCAUGUGCUAAUGAAAGUGCAGGACAAAAAUAUAGAGUAUAGAUGCAGAUGAAGUGAAAGCAUUUCAAGUUAGUUCCAGAAGUCUGUGUGUGUGUGUUCAUGUUAGAUUGGUACAUGGGAAGAACUGCCAGUACAGCACUCAUGCUGAUAUUGUUACAGUGCCUUGUUUUGGAAUUUACUGUGUAAUUUAUUGUAGCCUGCUCUCCAUAAUUAUUAUGCUUAUGUGGCAUGACGUUGACUAAAGCAGAUCACUAGGGUUCAAACCCCAGUACCACCCUAUACGGAAUGCCUUUGAGAUCCACCCAGUCUCUCUUUCAGUUGGUGCCACAGGCAUAAAAGUACAAGGCAAGUUACACGUUUUAUAUAUUGGAGUGUUUACUGUAACCAGGUUCAAAAAUGGUGAUGCUAGUGCCUGAUUUGGACCAAAAUUAUAAUUCUUAGUAACAUGAGACACCAUCCAUCCACUUAAAGAGGAAAAGUGGAGUCGUUGAGUAUAACUGUUAAUUUGUAAUACUCAACAACUCCACUUCUCCACUUUAAGUGGAUGGAUGGUGUCUCGUGUUACUAAGAAUUAUUUUGUAAUUUGUAAUAUUUUGUAAUAUAUUAAAUUUAUGCUUUAUAUAUGGGACAUGUAGUAGCAUGGUUGAGGCACUAUGCUACAAGCAGGAAGGUCACCAGUUCAGUUCCUGAUGAGGCCAUUGAAUUUUGAAUUGACCUAAUCCUUCCAGUCAGCUCAGGCUCUAACUGAAAUGAGUGCCAGGAAUCUU